AUGCCAGCUCCUGAAUUGCCUGAAGUUCUCAAUGGGGUUAAUGGCUUCAAGAAGGCGGUCGACGCCACCAAUGCCGCCGUGUCAGUGGAAAAUGGCGUAGCCAGCGACCCGUUCAAGCUGAGCUCCCAGUUUGCGUACACCCCAAAACGAAUCAAGGUCUUUACGAUUGGUGCUGGAUUCUCCGGGUUGUUGAUGGCGCACAAGUUUCAACACCGAUUCCCAGACAUGCAGGAUAUUGUUGAUCACACCAUAUUCGAAGCGAGGAGUGAUGUUGGAGGUACCUGGCUUGUUAAUAACUACCCUGGGGUCCAGUGUGAUGUUCCGGCACAUAUCUACGCGUUCCCCUUUGAUCCGAACCCUGAAUGGAGUCGAUUCUACGCCAGCGGAGCUGAGAUAGAGGACUACAUAAGAUCUACCGUCAAGAAAUGGAAUCUGGAUAGGGAUCUCAAACUGAAUACCAAAGUCAUUGGUGCUCAUUGGCUGGAGGAUAUUGGCCAGUGGAGGGUUACUGUUGAGCACCAGGGACAGCAACGCGAUGAGUACUGCCAUGUCCUGAUUUCAGCUCAGGGCGUUCUUGUUCACGAGAAUUGGCCAGAUCUUCCAGGUCUCCGAGACUUCAAGGGUCAUAUAACGCAUUCUGCCAGCUGGGACCAUAAUUAUGACUACUCAAACAAGCGCAUAGCUGUUAUUGGAAAUGGCUCAUCCGGAAUCCAAAUCGUGCCUCAGAUGGCGGACCUCCCUGGAACAGACGUCAUGAACUUUAUCCGCGGUCCGUCAUGGGUUUACUACCGUGCCCCACCUUCGAAGCAUCUUGGGCGUGAAGUCGAUGAUCCAAACCCGGCGUAUACAGAGGAGGAAAAGGAGCACUUCCGCGACCCAGAAUACCAUUUGCAGCACCGAAAAGGAAUCAUCUCGCGUACCAACAAGUCCUUCUAUAUCUUCAUGAAAGGGGCCAACAAUGAGCAUGGCAUGAAAUUGGCCGCAGAACAGAUGGCAAACAAGCUUAAUAAUGACCCCGUGCUGUGUGAAAAGCUCAUCCCCAAGUGGGAGCUCGGCUGCCGCAGAAUUACUCCUGGGCCAGGAUAUCUAGAGUCAUUUUUGAAGCCAAAUUGCCACCUGACGGACAACCCCAUCACUAAAAUUACGGAGAACGCCGUUCAUACUGCGGAUGGAAAAGCAUAUGAAUGCGACGUCAUCGUGUGCGCUACUGGAUUUGAUGUUUCCCACAGGCCACGAUACCCUAUAGUCGGAAAGAAAGGUCUAGACCUAGCUGAACUUUGGAAAGAGGAUCCAGAGUCAUACGUCUCUGUAGCUGUGCCUAACUUCCCCAAUUACUUCAUGAUGAUGGGCCCCAACUGCCUUGGUGGUCACGGGUCACUGGUUGAGUCACUCAACUGGACGGGCGACUACUUUGUCAAGUGGAUUCGAAAGAUGGCGACCGAAGACAUUCGGUACGUUGCGCCAAAGCAAGACGUCGUCGAUGCCUUUAUCCGCUACAGCGACGAGAUCCACAAGACGCUCGUCUGGACCGGUAGCUGCAAGAGCUGGUACAAGAGGAACCGUGUUGAUGGACGCGUCACGGCUUUGUUCGCUGGCAGUGCGCACCUGUUCCAGAGACUGUUGUCUGACAUUCGCGGCGAGGACUUUGAGGUCAUCUAUAACACCGCGAAUCCGUUCCGUUUCAUGGGCAAUGGGUUCACUGAGUUCGAAAUGAACGAAGAAAGUGACCUGUCGUGGUACGUGGAGAAGGCGGAGGUUUUGCAGACCCAGCAGAAUGGCACUUCAUGA